AUGGGCAAGGAGACCACGUGGUCCAUCUCCCAGGUGCGUUGCCCGGAGGAAGGCUGUCCACCGGUGGAGACCGUGAUCACUGACCUGGGCGUCAAGGCUCCCAGGCCAGGCGCAGGUGUUUACAAAGUUUUCAAGGCCUUUGCCGACGUCACAAAGGAAGACGUUGAAGCGGCACUGCUGGGGACAGCCAGCGUAGGCCAUCGGCCCAUGACGAUUUGGAUUGGCAUCUUCAGUGCAGUGCUUGGACUGCAAGGAGCCAUUGCAUGCGAUUGCACCUGGACGAACAAUGGGCAAUAUUGUAGCAACGAUGGUAGCUACUGUUGGCGCGUGUGCUGCCCCAACAGCUGCGAUGGUGGGGGUUGGACCGUCGCGUAUUCCGCCAACCAUUGUCAGCGUCAUGGCAACGUGCGACAGAUCUCAUGCACUGGCGCCAGUUCAAGCCUGUGUGGCACCCGCUUGAGUUCAUCGCACUUCGUGAGCAGAGGCUACCACUCCAUCCGUUUGAAGGCAGCUGGAGGCCCUGGAGUGGUGUCCACCUUUUAUCUCUCCAACAACGGGGGUUUGUACGACAAGACCAAGACCCAUCCCUGGGUGGAGUUGGACUUCGAAAUCAUGGGGAACACCGCAGGUGGCCAUUCCCGCAUUUGGACCAACAUGUUUACAGACAUCGCUGUGGAGCACAAUGACUGGAUCACGGUUCCCUUUGAUGUGACGGCCGCAGUUCAUGAGUAUGGGUUCGAGCUGUCCGACAACUUCAUUGCAUUCAAAGUGGACGGCAUCGCAUAUCGAACUGUGGACAUUCGAAAUCACCAGGACGUGAAGUCAGCCAUUUGGUCCUCCAGCUUGCAGCAAUUCAUCUCUGUUUGGGGCAAGUCGUCUUCCGACCCUGGCGAGGGCAUCAUGGAGUUCCGCAACGCCAUGGGGGUCCUAAAUGGCAAUCACUUCCCCGCUGUCGCGGAGUACAUUUUGUGA